AUGUUCGCGUUCAUCCAGUCCAUUUCGCUUCUUCUUGCCCUCCUGUUCGUCGGACAGGCCGCGGCUAUCCCCAUGCCGAUGCCAUUCGCGCGCAUGCGUCGUCUUGACAUCAACACCUUCCCAGAGGCCAGUCCUGCAAUGGCAACGGCAGCAGGCGUUAUCGAGGCGUACCACAACAAGCGUGACUCCGCCGCUAUCAACACCUUCCCUGCUCAGAAUGCGGCGAUGGCCACCCAGGCUGGUGUUAUCGAGGCGUACCACAACAAGCGUGCUUCCCCCACGGCAGAUGUGAACACCUUCCCUGCUCAGAACGCCGCCAUGGCUACGCAGGCUGGUGUAAUCGAGGCGUUCCACAACAAGCGUUCCAGCCUUGAUAUUAACACCUUCCCUGAGGCUAGUCCUGCAAUGGCAACAGCAGCAGGCGUUAUCGAGGCAUACCACAACAGACGUGAUUCCGUCGCUAUCAACACCUUCCCCGCUCAGAACGCCGCAAUGGCUACUCAGGCUGGUGUCAUAGAGGCAUACCACAACUGA